AUGUCCAUUAGGCUUGUACGCUCGCUGGAAGCGCACACGGACAAAGUGUGGUCUGUGUCUGUGCACAACAGGCUGCCGCUACUGGCGACGGCGUCGUCCGAUAAGAGUUGCAAGAUCUACGACUUGACGAACGGGGAGCUCGUUGCCACGCUGGACGAUACACACAAGAGAAGUGCUCGUUCCGUGGCAUGGAAGCCUACUGGGCAGGAGCCGUCACUGGCGUGCGGGUCGUUCGACUCGACGAUCUCCAUCUGGGGGAAGGACUAUGACGAAUGGUCCCUGCUGGCUGUCAUCGAGGGCCACGAGAACGAGGUUAAGGGCGUGGCGUGGUCUAAGGAUGGAUACUUUCUGGCGUCGUGCUCCAGGGAUAAGAGCAUCUGGAUCUGGGAGGCAGAUGACGAUAAUGAGGAGUUUGAGUGUAUCAGCGUGCUGCAAGAGCAUUCGCAGGACGUGAAGCACGUUGUGUGGAGUCAAUAUGAGGACCUGCUCGCGUCUUCGAGCUAUGACGAUACUAUAAGGCUGUGGAAGGAGGACGAUGACGACUGGUCAUGUGUAGCACAGCUGACAGGACAUGAGGGGACCGUGUGGUGCUCAGAUUUCGAAAAGAGUGAAACCUCCACGAGACUGGUGAGUGGCAGCGAUGACUGUACUGUUAGAGUCUGGCAAAGAACAGAUGCCAACGAUUCUGAGGAGACGUGGGAAUUACAAGCCAUCUUACCACAGUGCCAUAAGAGGGCCGUGUACUCUGUGAGUUGGAGUCCGAGUGGGAGGAUUGCGAGCGUUGGCUCUGAUGGCCAGCUCGUUGUGUAUGAGUACCAAUCUGACCAAUGGGAAAUUACUCAUGUUCAGAAGCUCAGCCACGGUGUCUAUGAGGCAAAUAGUGUCCAAUGGUGUAAACCAUAUGCUGCUGAUGAUGACAAUGGUACUACAACGGCCGAAUGGCUAAUCACCGGAGGUGAUGACGGUAACGUCAACGUUUGGAGCAUUUCAUGA